CUAUCUGGCAAGUGGUAACUUAUUCUAGUCAUUAUGUCUGACAACGAAAUCAUCACCAGUUCCGGAUCAUGAAACUGUAUCCAAACAAAGUAGGCUACAAUAGUCUACGUUCUGGCUAUUACAAUUACAUUUAGAUUUAUUAUUAUUGAAAAUGAAAUUUGUCAGUAACAUCUUCACUGAGUUUUGAAAUUAAACUAAUCAUGUCUAUAAAAGAGAAAAGAGUAAAGAAUGUGAUUGAUUCAGAUGAUGAAAAUGAACCUGGUGCUUGUAGCAACAUAAGUGAUAUUCGGCGACCCUCCCUUGCAGUUCCAGAGACUUUAAGAUCCGGGGGUUUGUUAGAUGAAAGUGUUGAUAACCUAAGUAUGGAAGUUCACCUGGGGGGUGAUAAUUCUCGCCACCCCAGUGAAAUAAGUUCUGUUUCUUAUCAGAAUCUUUUAGAUGAUGGGGAACCAACCAACAGCAUUAUAUCUCGUCGGGGUAGUGAUGACAGCCUGGACUCAUAUCCUCCUGAUUUCCCAGAUGCAGAAUUACCCCCUGAUGACUUGGAAACUUUUGGAGCAUGUGAUCUUCCACUUUCUGAGCAUUUUCCCAUGGGAGCUUUACAAGGGGCUGAAAGAAAGGAAAAGCCAAGAGGUGACAUAAGUAACAACUCUGAUAUUUCAUCCAACAUAUCACAUCCCAAUGUUAAAUUAAAAGAUAUGUCAUCUGAAGUUGUUGAAGAUAUAGUAAGAUUGAGGGAAAAAAAUGCUCAGCAUAAAUCUGAGCUUAGGGAGGAUGCAGAUGACAAUAGUACAAAGAGAAACAGUUUAGAAAUCAGAAAUAACAUUCCUGUAGUUGGUGAAGUCAAAGACUAUGAGAAAGAAUUAAAUUUAGAAUUUAACAAAUCACUUAGUCCAAAGCCAAUAGUAUUAGGUUUAAAGCAUUCCCCUGGACUGGCAAGAAGAGUAGACCUGGAUAAUCAUGGUGAUAAAGAAGUCUCAAACUUGGAAGAAGACAAACAUUCUGAAUCAUACUUGUCAUUACAAAUGUCUCAAAAAUUGAAGAAUAGAAAUUUUGGAAAUAACAAAGCCAGAGAAAAUAUUAUAGAGGUAAUAACUCCCAUUCCAAAAAACAUGAAUAUUGAAAAUGAAUAUGAUUAUGUAAAAUAUGCUCGUGUUCAGCAGGGAAAUUCAUAUGUUGGCAUGAGGCUGGCUUAUUCCAGCUCUAAUGAUUCUCUUAAUAUUAAACACAGUGUUAGUUCAGAUAAUAGUUCUAGGGAGCCAUCUCCUGAAAAAAGCUUGCACCAAAAGAUUCACACAGACAUUGGUAGCCAAGAAAAAGUCAGUGAAGAAACUCUGACGGAGAUACCUUUGAACAACAGUGACUUUCUAGAUGAUAAAAAGGCAUUCACGCUGUCUCCUGAGAAUACAGAAUGUGAUAGUGUUGAGGUUGAAAGCGUGACCUCUGAAGGGGGUAACUCAACACCUGGCUUUCCAACUGUUGAAGAUGGUCUGUCAAGCAGCCAGGCAAGCGAUACAGAAGAAAAUGCUUGUGGGCUUGACAAUGACCGUUCCCCUUCAAAGAUUUUAAAAUCAAAGCAAAAGGCUGCUCUUGAGCAAGAGCUCAAAGAUGAUGAGGAAGGUCAACCUAAGGAAAUGGAUGCUCAGGCAAUCAUGGAUGAUCUUAAAAUGAAAAGAGAGGCUCUGGACAUGGCCAUAGCUGACAUCAAGUCAGCUAUUCAGCGCAGUAAAAAUAUGUCUUUAGAAACACCUUCUUACUCAGCUCAUCAAGAGCAAGAUGAAGUACAACCAGUUUGGGUGAAAAGGGACAAUAAAGAAGGACAAAGCCAGUUAUUACGUAGACAAGAAGAAAUGCGUCGUGUCAGGGAAGAAAUAGAAAGACAACAGGAGCAAAUAGCACCUGUUCAAGGAAAACCACUUCAGGAAAAAGUGGUUACUGAAAAACAGGAUGUUGUUGCUGUACUUGAUGACUUGUUUAAAACUGUUCAGAGUUGGCAGGAAGAAGGACCAUUCUCAGAUUCUUGCUCCACUCCAACUUAUCUAUCUGAAGGAGAUGAACAGAAUGAGAAACAUGCUUUAGACUUUUUAGAAACAGCUGAUUGUUCAUCCUCUACUGGAAUAGAGGCUUUUACUUUGUCAUCUGUUCCUCAGCUUGAGCAAGUUAAUUGCAGUACUACUGCUUUACAGAUGGAACUCGAUGCAUUUUGUGCAAGUACAUCGGUUGAAAAAGUCCCUGUGGAAAUGCCUUCAGACCAAACAUUAAUAGUCAGUGAAUGUGAAGAUUUUGUUUUGGAUUCAGAAACAUAUUCCAAUGUUCUGUCAUUCCAGCAAGAUGAAAAAAAUCCACCUGUUGAUAUUGAAGAUGUUGUUCAGAAUCAACUACCAGCCAAUUCUAAUGGAUUUGUAUGUGACGGAAUUAGUUUUAAACAUGUUGUGGCUUCUAGCUCACACUUAAAUUCCAAUGCUGGAAUCAAUGAGUCAAAUGGUAUCUCAUUGACAAUGGGUAAUUUUGCAUCACAAACAACAUUAUCUACCUUGCAAGAAAAGAACAGCCAUUCAUAUGUGAUACCAUCAACAGAAGCCUUGGUACCAAAUGAUAUUAAACAGGAAGAUACAGGUUUUCAUGUAAAUAGUAGUUUUAUAGGAAGCAAUGAUAUUAAUACAGAUUUGCAAGAGGAUAAGGACGAGUAUGAAGACAAAGAUGAACAUAUUCGACCAGAUGGUCCAGCAAGAGGUUAUGAUUCUGAUGAUGAGUGUGAGGAUGCUGAUGGCAUCCGCUACACACGGCGAAACAAAGGGAAAAAAUAUGCCCCUCUUCAAAAAGAUGAUUCGUUAGAGAUGGGUGGUGCCUAUGGUGGUGGCAAGAAAGAUGCUGCCAAGGCUAAUAGACAAAUGAUUCCAAUCAAUCAUGGUGCGCACGCAGGCAGCAAUGGGACAUUGAACAAUCAUAAUCAAGGAAACUCUCCUGGGGAGCACCAUAUACAUAAUGUGGAUGGUCCCCUUUCAUCUGAAGAAAGCAGUGAUAUUGAGAGCAACAUUAAUUCUUAUACGAGACCACCCAAUGCAGACUCUGAUACAGAUGAAGAGACUGAUAGGUUGCUUCAGAAGCAAUAUCAAGAGAGGGACAAGAAUGUUGAAAUACCAGAAUUAAAUGACCCUUCAACAACCAGACGCCCAGAGGCUGACAGGCGCCACUCAAAAGCUAAGGAAGCUGCUAUCCGUGAUCCUGAUCGACCUGAAGUUUUAAUUGAAGGUGUCUUAUUUCGAGCACGUUAUCUGGGCUCCACGCAGCUUAUCUCUGAAGGCCAACCAUCCAAGGCAAUGCGCAUGAUGCAGGCUCAAGAAGCUGUUGGUAGAAUAAAGACGUUGGGAGUUCUUCACUUUGGUGAAAGAUUUCAGGCUCCUGAAGGAGAACAUCAGCCAAGCACUGAUGUUGAUCUCUUUGUUUCUACUGAAAAGAUUAUGGUGCUGAAUACAGACUUACAGGAAAUAAUGAUGGACCAUUCUUUACGAACUAUUUCUUACAUUGCUGACAUUGGUGACAUCUUGGUUAUUAUGGCCAGGAGAAGACUUAUCACCAGUCCUGAUGAUGUUUUGGGUAGACGCAGGAGGCAGGCCAAGAUUCUUUGCCAUGUAUUCGAAUCUGAUGAGGCUCAGCUCAUUGCCCAGUCCAUUGGUCAAGCUUUCCAAGUUGCCUAUUUGGAGUUCCUCAAGGCCAAUGGCAUUGAAGACCCAGGCCUUCUCAAGGAGAUGGACUAUCAAGAUGUGCUCAACCAACAGGAAAUCUAUGGGGAGGAACUCAAUCUUUUUGCCAAUAAAGAUUUUCAUAAAGAGGUGAUAGUUCCAAAAGCCAAAAAUGAGCCCCUUGGGGUUGUAAUAGUCGAAUCUGGCUGGGGUUCAAUGGUGCCCACUGUUGUAUUAGCCAAUAUGCUGCCCACUGGACCUGCUGCUCGUUGUGGUCAACUCAACAUUGGUGACCAAAUCAUUUCAAUCAAUGGAAUAAGUCUUGUUGGAUUACCACUGUCAUCUUGUCAGACCUACAUUAAGGCGUCUCGUUCACAAACUGUGGUCAAGUUGACUGUUGUUCCCUGCCCACCAGUUGUGGAAGUUCUAAUUAAAAGACCUGAUGUCAAAUAUCAGUUGGGAUUUAGUGUCCAGAAUGGAGUGAUUUGUAGUUUACUGAGAGGUGGUAUAGCAGAGCGUGGUGGUGUUCGAGUUGGUCACAGAAUCAUUGAAAUCAACAAUCAAAGUGUAGUGGCAGUACCUCAUGAGAAAAUUGUCACUUUGUUGGCUAGUUCUGUUGGAGAGAUCCAUAUGAAAACUAUGCCAACUUCAAUAUUUAGACUUCUGACUGGCCAAGAUGUCCCACACUAUCUCUAAGAACAUGUAUAGUCACUAUGAUUUCCCUCUAUGUGAGUUCUAUUCUAAAGACUGAAACAGUGCCCUCCCACUUACACAAUUGGAUCAUUUUGCUGCUGAGACCUAUGGACAUUUCAUUCACAGACUUACCGUUUAGAGUUCUAUCAAUUGUGGUUCUGUGGUUCUACUAUUUUGUUAAAGACAACAGCCAAGUUUUGAAACAUAAUUAAUUUUUGUUGUUGAACCAAGUAUUUUGAAAGCUGCAAUGGGCUUAGCUACUUCAACAUAGAUGGAAAUAUUGAUGGAAUUUAAAACUUUUAUAUUUUCAUUCACUCAGAAAAACUCAAAAUAAAGGCAUUUACAUUUCUAGAUUAAAUGGUUGUAUUUAUCUCUAACUUUUCAAGGACUUUUCUAAUUUUGAGUUGCGUUGUCCAAUUUAAAAUUAUUUAUUUGUUUUGUUUUUGUAAUUGCAUUUAGAAUGACUUGUGUGGUGUGUAUAUAUGCACUGUAUAAUUAGGAAUUCUUGGGAAGUGUUUUGACUCAAAGGAUUUUUUUUAUUAUAAGAAGCAUAAAUGCUCUCUUUGCAUUCAUCCCUCAUUCUGUACACAUUCUCUGUUCACUGCCAUUGGAAGAGACAUGUACUUUGGAAAACAUUUUAUCUAGCUUUCUGAAUAGGUACUAGGGAUAUUUUGAUGGUAAAACAUGUAUGUUGAUAGCUUGAAUGUUAAUGCCAAUAAUCAUCUUCCUCACUGCUGAGGAUCUGCCUUUGUUUAGUGUGUGAUUUUGUGUAAACAUAUUUGCGUUUUUGUGCAAAUAACAUGCUUCAUACAUUUUUUUUUUGCAUGUGACUGAGUAGAGUUUCUAUACUUGUUAAUUUUAAGGGCCAUUAACAUGAGCACACAGAAAUUGAUAGUUACAAUGAAUUAUAUUUUGAUAAAUUGAUUGAUGUAAGAACAUUCAUUAUGCUAACUUCAAAGCUUUCACUAUCUGACAUGCUGCACUUAGAAUUUUAUUUACUUGUUUGUUUGUUUUACACGUUUUGGAUGUCUCUUCAGUUUUAUUACAUAAGAUAAUUAUUACAUAAGAUAAUUACAUCUUAGCCCAAACUUCCUGCAGGGCAAUGGGUGAAGCAGUGGCAAGGUUUGAACCCAGGACCACUGAAACCACCAAAUGCCAAUCCAAAGCGCAUAUCGCACAACCAGGCAUGACCAAUAGAAUAAUGUUACAAAAUACCAUACUUUUUAAAAUCAAAUUUCACUUCCAAGAAAAUAAUUAAUGCAAACUGAAAUGUCUAAGCUUUUUGAUGAAGUAAAAAUUCCUUACAUCACUUUUAAGCUUAAACCCUUUACUCGAAAUAUUAUUGCAAAAUAACAAAAAAAGAAUUGAUUGGAUUAAUUUGUCAUUACAUUUUUUGUUAAAGGGGAAAAUUUUCUAAUAUUUAAUAGUUAUUUUGUUAAGCAGUGUAUUGACUAAUAUUGGUUUUAUCUAUAUUUUAAGGAGGGUGCAUGAAUGGUUAAACAAAUUUUUUUUUUUGUGGAAUAGAGAAUUUAUAGAUUUAUUUAUCCUUCAGUGAAUUAUUAUUUUAGUAAAGAGUGGAGAUCUGAAAUUGUAUUUAUUUUACAAAAAAUAGCAAUUUUUUUUAAUGUAAUAAACCUUCUCAGCCAACGCAGUGAAGGAAUUGAUCUAAUACUGGUACCAUUGGUAUUUGAUAGGAAGAGUGUUAGGUUUGAUUGUGGAAACUCAUGCUUGACAGUGCAUUCAGUGGGGGGAAGGAGUAUCGGGGAGAAGGUUUUCCUUGCUGCCUUUAGGUGCUCAGUAAACACAACUCUGCUCUGGUCAGGUGUCGAACAUCGAGCCCCCUUGAUAGGUAGCCAGGGCCAAUUUCAAGUGUACAUUACCUCUCAGCCACACAAUUUCAGAAUGUCAGUAUAUGAGGAGGUUUUACUGUUACAAAGAUUUGGUUUGGAUAUAUUUGUGUCAUUAUAUUCCAAAAAAAGAGUUCUUUUUACUUUAGUGAAUGAAUUUUAUAAUUAAAAAACAUACAUUCUGUAAAAUUUCUACAUUUUUCUUUUUCUUUCAUUCACUGACUUAAAAUUCUUAACUUAACAUAUUGCUUAAAAGGAAUGCUCGAGAAACUUAAAAAAAAAUCAAUGCUAAAAUUAACAAAGGAAGAUAACAUAAGUCUUAGUAAGUAAGCAAUGAUCUACCAUUAUUUGCAUCCAUGUUGAUUGAAUUUUGUAAAAGUACAACCUGGUUUCUUACUUUCCAUGUCAUAGCAAUAGUUUUAAAAUGAUUUAGUUUUAAAUAUUCAUUAUUUUAUUCCUAGACUAAAUACAUUUUACGUCUCUUUACAGUUUUUCAUACCCUCUUGGAUAAUUUUUUUUUCCAUAGAAAGUAUUAACCUUGAGCUUGAUUUUUUUUUACAGGGAAUUUAAAUACUUCAGUGCUGCAAAAUAUAUAUGAAAAUGCUGCAAUUUUUUUUAUCUGGGAAAGAAACAUUUUUUAAUGUACUUGUUAGUCUCUCUUGAGAAAACUAGUCAUAGCUUAUCAGGAGCUUACUUUUUAUAAGGGGAUUAGUGAGAAUCCAAUAAUUUAAAGGAGUUGAAGCAUAUUUCUUUAUUGAACUAAUAAAAGUGAGAAUAUCAAAUUUUAGUUUUUAAAAAAACCUGUCUGUUUCCCUCAUUUUGAAUUUUUCUUACAAUUGUAUAAAUCCUGCUGUAUUUAUGAUACAUUUUUACAUAGUUUCUUCUAUUUAUAUGUAGGCCACAUCUAUUCAGAGGAAUAGGAAAAAUUGCUAAUAUUUAAAGUAAUUUUUCUGCAGCAAAUUUUGAUAAUGUAUAUGGGAAUCUUAAAAAAAAAAAGAAGUAUGAAAAAGGUUUAAAGUCUCAUCAACACAGUAAAUGUCUUAAGUAUUAAUCAAAAUAUCUGGAAAGUUUAAAAAGCUUUUAAUUUUUUUUACUUAAAAUGACUAGCACUUCCAUCACUACCAAGACAUCUAAGUUUGUUAUUGUCUAGUUAUUAUAUGUUAUAAUAAAGAACUAUAGAUUUUAGGUGUUGAAAGCUUCAGCUCUUUAAAAACAUUGUAUAGAUUGAACUGCUAUUAUAGAAACAAAGGUGAUGGCUUCAAGUUAAAUAAUUUUCUUGGUGAUCAUGUAAAUGAUAAUUACCCCUAGUUGCAGUACUUUGCUGGUAACACUUUACUAAUGAGGAGCAUUGCUAUUGGAGGGGAAAAUUGCUGAAGCAAACAUAUGUACUACUGUAUGUUACCCAUUAUUUGUGAUUAUACAUUUAUCAUUUUCUGUCUUAGAAAGUCAGUUUUAAAAGUUAUGUACUUAUUAACUCAUUAACAAUGUCAUCUUCUUAGCAUCAAAUGGUUGAAAUUGUUCUCUGUUUACUGUACCAAUGUCUUCAUUGAACAUAUUUACAUGUUGUCAGUCAAUAACAAUUAUCCUCUUUGAACACAUUUUGUACAUUCUUCUAAGCUAACGGAACAGCAGGCAAGCUGUUGAUUGUCUGUACUAAAAAUACCAUUGAUUUUAAACAUUACUACAUGUGGGACUGUAGCGAACUAUGUAACUAUGCUGACAUCAUUGGCUUGAAGUCAUUCAUUAAUUGUUAAUUGUAAUCAUCUCACACAUUUUUAUUUAAAACUAGUUGUUUUGAUCAGGAUACUUUUAUUGGUGUUUUAGUGCAAUAAUGCUAAUGAUGUAAUACACACAACAAAACAGCAUGCAGAUGUCAUGAUAUACUUGUGCUUAGCACCAUACACAUUACACUACAGACUAUUAGAAUAGUUCAGAGUAGUUUCAGUGGGAAAUAUAAUGCAUUCUUUAUAAAUAUUGGAUUGCCUCUGUAAA